AGAAAGUCCCACCUCUAGCUCCCCCAACCAGCUGAUCGCAGUCCAAACAAAAUAUUAACGUUUCGUUAUAAAAGUUGUUAACCUUUACUUAAUGGACUGCUGCGGCAACGAGGUGCGCAGCGAGAGCAUCUACAACAUGCUGCAGGCCCUGGUGGACUCGAAGGUGGUCAACGUGCAGCUGCUGUCGAUUGCCGUGGGCAUUUUCUUCGUGGUCCUGCUGCUGAAAAACAACUUCCGCAGCUUCUCUGGCACGUAAACGGCGCCUGUUUAGUGUUUAAUUUACCCAAUAAUGUAAUGUACGCUAAGGACUAAUAAUAACAACCCACACAUCCA